UUUUAAUUUGUUUAAGAAGAACAAAUUAAGAAGGAAGAUGAAGAUGGCCCUCUAGGCCCCUUUUGGUUAGCAUUGUAAGAUGGUGCUAAGACCUAUGAUUUCAAUCCCUUCUUUCCUCCAGAUACAGAGAUUCAUAUUUUAUUUCAUCAGCUGUAGUGAGGUCUCAUUCAUUGUUACUGAGGCAGUUUGUUGAUCAAGAAAUAUUUAGGUUCCUACCCUGAAAAAGAUCCUGAAACUUUUUAGUAUGUUCAUCAGUUUUUGUUGAGAGAUGUAGAUGUUCCAUGAAAGGUUUAAGUGUCCCCUCUCGCCUGAUUUCCUUAUAAACAGUUACAAGCACAUGACCAGUUGCCACAUUCAAAAUACAUUCAAAGCCGGUGGUUUUGAAGAAACUGCAGAUUCACAGCAAGAGAGGAGUUGCCUUUUCUGGUGUUAUUAUUCCCAUUUUUUGCAGAUGACAGCACUGAUGCUUGGUGACAUUAAGUAACUUUUCAAGCACACAUGCUUAGAUUUGUUUGGUGUCAGCAUGGUCGUCCCUUUACUGAGCCUUCAUGUCAAGUCUCUUGGAGCAAGUCCAACAGUUGCUGGAAUAGUAGGCUCCUCCUAUGGCAUUCUGCAGCUCUUUUCCAGCACACUGGUGGGCUGCUGGAGUGAUGUGGUUGGAAGACGGUGUUCCUUGCUGGUGUGCAUUCUGUUCAGCGCCCUGGGUUAUCUGAUUCUUGGAGCAUCCACCAAUGUGUUCCUGUUUGCCCUGGCUAGAGUCCCUGUGGGUAUUUUUAAACAUACCCUCUCCAUUUCAAGGGCUCUGCUUUCUGAUGUGGUUGCAGAGAAAGAACGGCCACUAGUAAUUGGACAAUUCAAUGCGGCAUCUAGUGUGGGCUUCAUCUUGGGCCCCAUGGUUGGUGGAUAUCUUACGGAGCUAGAAGGUGGAUUUUAUCUGACAGCCUUCAUCUGUUUCUCUGUCUUCAUCCUCAAUGCUGGUCUGGUUUGGCUGUUUCCCUGGUGCGAAGCGAAACUCUCCAGUGCAGAGAAAGGCCAGCCAGCGAGAAGGAACUCUGCACCCUGGGGGAGAAGAGAUGGUCACGGGCAGGAAACCGCCACCCCUCCCCGGAGCACAGUCCGCACCAGACCUGCCAGGCCGCCCUGGCUGGAGUUCGCAUCCACACUGCGCGACAUGAAGAGCCUGAUAUUUUCCGAGAUGUGGGACAUCUUCGCCGUGCGCUUGCUGAUGGCAGUAGCGGUCAUGCUCUACUACAGUAACUUCGUGCUGGCGCUGGAGGAGCGCUUCGGGGUGCGGCCGCGGGUGGCCGGCUACCUCAUCAGCUAUGGCAGCGCGCUGGGCGCCCUGGCCGGCCUGGCGCUGGGGCCCCUGCUGCGGCUAUACCGGCACGACGGCCACGCCCUCCUGCUGCACUCGAACGCGCUCACCUGCCUGCUGCUGCUGCUGCACGCCUCCGCCCGCUCCGUGCCUGUGGCCGUGCUCUGCUCCUCGCUGCUGGCCGUGUCCACCGCCGUGGGCAGGACCUGCAUCACCGACCUGCAGCUGGCCGCGGGCGGGGCGCAGGCCAGCGGCACGGUCAUCGGCGUGGGGCAGUCCGUGACGGCCGUGGGCCGGAUCAUCGCCCCACUCCUCUCCGGGCUGGUGCAGGAGGUGAGCCCGUGCGGACCCCCCAGCCUGGGGGCUGUCCUGGCCCUCGUGGCGAUUUUCCUAAUGUCACUCAACAGAGCCCGCUAUGGUGGUGCGAGUGACAAAUUAAAACGUGAGUAGAGUAGAACUGGACAGAAGAAACCAACUCUGAGGCCAUGAGGAAGGGACAGCGGCCAGGAAGGGCGGUUUCCUAGCAGGUGUGCUUCUUUGGGAGACUCCCAGGUCCAGCCUGCGGGGUGAUCAGAAGUCAGAGCCUUGUCAAAGGGGAAAGUAUUAAACCUUAUGUAGAAGUCUCCUCUUCAAACCCUGCUGGUGGGGUUCAGAUUUUCCAGGGGGAAACACUACCACCUUCAGGACGGGAAGGUGGUGGUGAGAUAACAGAAGGUGAUAGGCCCCCCGCUAAGUAAAAACAGGGUAACCCAUUAAUAAAGUGAUCUGCUGGGACACAGGCUUCGUGUCACACUGCAUAAACCAAGGGUUUUUUGUGCUAUCAGAAGCCUAGAGAUUGAAUAAGCCACUUUUUUGAAAUUAGCCUGUACCUUUCUCAAGUCCUAACAAGGUUCUACCUGGGAAGCUGGGGAAAGAUCACACGGCUGCCUCAGCCCCCAGACACUGGUUCUGGGGGCCCAGGGGAGGCCCAGAAACCUAUAUUUAAUAAGCAACACUUGCACUUCCUCAUGGAGGUAGAAAAAGGAUCAUUCAGAGACAUACAGGUUUGGAUUCAAGUCAAAGCCAGAGACUUGAUUGUGUUUAUUGAUAGCUAACUCAGUUUGAAGUAUUAAGAUUAUGUGAUCCCGAAACGCUACCUUCUCCCCAGCUCUUGGCAGUCACGCUCCAUAAUAGGAGAAGCAGGUUCAUGGAGCCUGUCCCCUAUGUCUAUUGCUUCAGAGGCCCUGUGCUCUGCAGAGAGCUGAGGUUGUCAGUGUGGCUAGUUCUCCCUAGAUAUCAGGCAUGAACUGCUCCCAGAAGCCAGGGCUCCAUUGGGCUGCAUGGGUUGGAUGAUGGUAGAACACAGUGGAGAAGACAAAGUACAGGAAUCCCUUUAAGAGGAACAUCUCGUGCAGGUAAGAGAGUCAGUUGCCAUGCCUCAUGAGACAGACUUAACUACAGUGUCUUAUGUUGAAAGUCAUUUCUUUUCUCUCACUUUAAUAUCAUACCUGAGAACAAAAGAGCUACACACUGAUCUACAGGGAAAUGCCUUUUCCUAGGCCUAGGUUUAAUGGUCAUUCCAAAAGUAGCGUGCCAGGGUCCAACUGGGAGGCUCAGAGUGAGGGUUAGCACAAAAACACAGGGAAGCAUUUGUGUGAUUCUUGCUACUUGGAUGAUGUCACCUAUUAAUAAUAAUUAUAUUGGAGCCCCCUCUCUUUUCCUCAUGCAAACUACCGAAGUUCACAUUCCUCUCAUUCUUUUUCAUUGGUCCACUGGAAAAUUACUCCUGUUUUCAACCAACACACAUAUAAUUGUAAAUGUAUUGUAUGUAAAGCAGGAAAAAAAAAAAAGUUUCUCUAGUUUUAGAAGUUGUGUAUGGGUUAAACCCAAAUGUUUAAGAUAAUUGGAUGUUUGAAGAUUGUCCUUUCUCCUAUCUAGCUACAAGGAAAAUACUAACUUUUUAUGAAGUGUUGUGAUUGUGUUAAGAAGUGUUGUGAUUGUGAAGCGCUAAGUGCUUUUGAGGAAAGCAAAAUAUAAUACAAAAUGGUGUGGCCCUUAAGGAGCACACCAAAUCGGCAUAGAGCUUAGACUCAAAGGACAAGAAGUAAUCAAGGGUUUAUGCAAUGAAGUCGAAUUUCUCUGAAGAUUAUCUUUUCUGUGCACUCAGAAACAGGCAAGUUUCUUAGACAUUCUUUAAUGUAGUCAUUAUUAAAUUUUUGAAAUCCUAGCACUUUAUUUUUGAGGUUAAAUAAUGCCUAUAAAUUUAUUAAGGCUUUACAGUUACCAGAUAAAUGGGAAUGAAAACCAGGGUUGAUCUUCAUAUAGAGAGAGGAGAAACAUUUUUGCUCUUGUCCAUACUCAUGUGGGGUUUUUUUAGAUAAAUAUUAUGCAGGCAUACCUCAUUCCAUUGCAUUUCAUUUUAUUGUGCAUUGCAGAUACUCAUUAUUUUUUUUUUUAACCAGUUGAAGGCUUGUGGCAACCAUGUGUUGAAAAGUUUAUUGGCACCAUUUUUCCACCAGCAUUUGCUCACUCUGCGUCUGUGUCACAUUUUGGUAAUUCUCACAAUAUUUCAAACUUUUUCAUUAUAUUUGCUAUGGUGAUGUGUGAUCAGUGAUCUUUGAUGUUACUGUUAUAAUUGUUUUGGGGUGCCAUGAACCACACCCUUAUAAGGGGGUGAAUUUAAUCCAUAAGCGUAUGUGUUCCAAGAGCCCCACCAACUGGCUGGUCACCCACCUCUUGCCCUCGCCUUGGCCCUCUCUCUAUUUCUUGAAAUGCAAAAAUAUUGAGGUCAGGCCAGUUAACAACCCUACAGUGGCCUCUUAAGUGUUCAAGUGAAAGGAAAUGUCAGCCGAUGUGGCAAACUUCCUUGUUGUCUUAUUUUUAAAAAUUGCCACAGCCACCCUAGCCUUCACCAACCACCACCCUGCUCAACCCUGAGAAAAGACCCUCCACCAGCAAAAAGAUUGCCAGUUGCUGAAAGCUCAGAUGGUGGUUGGCAUUUUUUAGCAAUAAAGUCUUUUUAAUUAAGGUAUGUACAUUGUUUUUUAGACAUAAUGCUACUGUAAAUUUAAUAGACUAUAGUAUAGUAUAAACAUAAUUUUUAAUGUACACUAGGAAGCCAGAAAAUUCAUUUGACUCACUUCAUUGCAAUAUUUAACUUUAUCGCGGUGGUCGGGAACCAGGCCACAGUAUCUCUGAUGUAUGCCUAUACCUCUUCUUAAAAUGUCUGAUGUGUGGAUAUUCCGAAGUGUGUUCCAGAACCAGCAGCGUCCACAUUCCCCUGGAGCUUGUUAAACAUGCGCUCACACCCCGGCACGGACCUGCUGGGAACCAUUCUCAACAAAAUCCCCAGCUGCUCUGUGUGCACAGUACACUUUGAUAACCACUGGUCCGUAGACAGUUUUUGUAUAAUUUAUGGACUAUGAUCUCAGGGAAAUUAAAUCUGCUCCACUAAAGUUUGCAUUGUUUUGUUUUUGAGUCCCUGAGCAACUUCCAUAAUAAUGUCCAAAGUAUUUAGGUUGAGCCACAUGAAAUUGCUACUUUUCUAGGUCAAAAUUACCUGCAGUUUCACAUAGUUCAACUUGAUAAUAUAUGGAAUCUUAUUUUAGGGGCAUUGAACUUGCCUCAGAAGAUUAUAAAGGAUAUUGCAUCCUUUCAGCAUUAUACCAGCCCCAACUGCUAAGUUUUGUGAAUGAGCCUCAGGGUUUUGGGUUCUAGAAGACUUUGGAGGGAUAGUAUACCUCUGCCUUCAUGUCCAGAGAGGUGAGCAGAAAUCAGAAAGGGAGUGGGGCAUGUUUGGCCAGGGCAGUAACAUGGGCAAGGCUCUAAAGCCCAAGUGUGUGGGUCAAAAGUUAUGCCUGCAGCAAACAGAAGGGGCAAGAAUCAGUGGUUCUGGCUUCAUAGUAGAGUCACCUGAUGCCCAGAGCCUGCCCUAGACCUCUAGAACCAGACUCCAGAGUGCCCCAGAGGUGAGAGUCCCUGAGUUAGAUCGUGAAGGAAUUCAUGGACCAUGCUCAGGAGUGAGCUUUUAUUCCCACAGCUGAGGGGGAGCCACUGAAGAAUUCAUGCUGGUGAAUGCUCCGUGCACUUGAUGUUAAAGAUCCCUCGAGGGCAGUCAUCCAAGGGGAAUGGGAGGGAGAAGUCACAGGCACUGAGGGCAUCAGGUAGGGCACGAAAUCUGAAAGGCCUGGGGACCGUCAGCUUGUGACCUCCGGGGAGGCACUGGGUGGCAGAGCUUAGAUAAGGUUAGCUAGUAAUGAGUAUUGAGACAUUCUGCCCCGUCCUCCGUUAGCUGUAAGAGAACAUGUGUGGGCAAUUAUGAGAGAUUGUUCUCUGCAUGUCCUGAAUAUUAGGAGACAUGUUUUCUGUGGGACACUUUUAUAAGAAGUUUAGACACCUGUGGGGGAGCCCCGGGGGAGUCAAUCCGCUUAGGGGAAAUUUCCGGCUUUGGGGCACCUGCUAGAAGGGAUAGCUUUUUAUUUGGAAUGUAUAGUAAAAGCCAGCAUGGUGAUUUCCCAUGUCCUAUUCCCUCUGGAAACCUUAGCCUUCCAGAAAUCUCUGAAAUAAGAUUCCCACAGAUCUAGCCAGGAUGAUGUAUAACGUAGCUCUUCUCAGAACAGGGUGAUGGACUGAGAAAAAUUGUUUUUCUGUCCUAAAAUUGUAUUUUCCCAAAGA